UUCGAACCCGAGCGCCCAAGUCGCAGCGGCCGAGAGCAACAGCAAGAACGACGACGACCACACGACGCCUCCUCAGUAGCAUGCUGGCGCCAGAUUCGCCAGUCGCAUCCCUCGUGCGAGUGCAGCCUUUGUGCCGGCGCGACCGGUUCUCGACGACCGAGCUCGUCAAGAAGGCGCAGCAGUUCUCGCCCGUGCUCGCGCGCGGCUUCAGCACCGGCAACAUUGCCAUUGUCGACAAGCGCAGCUGGCUCGAAGUCUGCGACCGCAAGCACCGGUACGGCGCCAACCUCCGCGCGUACUACAAGGCAUGGAAGCACCGCGAUGGCCCCAAGCCCGACUUUUGGGAGUGGCUCAGCGACGAGUCGGUCGAAGUCGAGGGCGUCCCGCGCGCCAAGCUCGAGAAGGAGACUGUGCUCUACUAUGACAAGACGGAGCGUCAAAAGUACGCCCUCGACAUUCGGUAUGGACUGCUGCAUGCGUCCUGCACCCAAGCGUUGAUUGACACAGGCGAGGAGGGCUGGAUUUUCGUCCUUCGGGACGGCGUCCUCUAUGGCUCUGCCAAAGUCACCAAGCAGGUGCCACGCAUCCACCACACGAGCUUUGUGGGCGGUGAGUGCGUCCAGACCGCCGGCAUCCUCGUCAUUGCGCAAGGGGUGCUCACGACCAUUUACCCGCACAGCGGCCAUUACCGCCCGUCGGAAAGCGAAGUGCUUUUGCUCUUGCGCUUCUUGCAAGCGAAAGGCGUCCGCCUCCAAGACGUCCGCGUCGACGUCCAGCGCUUUCAAAAGGUCUCGCGCGAGCGCGCCUCGGUCGCCAAGGUCAGCAAGAUGGCGAAUGCGUAUUUCUGGCCAGCGCUCGACGUGCUCCAGUUCCUGGACGCCAAGGAAAAGGCGUGGGCCGGCACCCUCUUUGACGACAUUGAAAUCGCCGCCAAGAACCGACCGGGCGCCGUGUGAGCCACGACUAUUUACACGCCACGAAUCUAUUAACUAUCUAAUCCUUGAGCUACA